AUGCCUGGUCGAUCUUCCGCCCGUUCGACCUCUGCGACGACGUCGCGUAGACCGUCCGCUCAACCAUCGACCUCAGGUGGACGCGCUGGAUCUGUGACCCCUUCUGUUGCCCUUCCGGAGGAACCCGCUUUGCCCGAGGCCAUUCCUACUUUGCGCCGGGAUGUGUGUUCAAUCUUCGCUGAUGCUCAACGCUCCACAACUGGGCAUCGAAAACUCGUUGUGCGACUCAGGAAGCUCCAGGAGUCAUGCUGCGGAAUAUCGCCAAAGAUAUCUAAGAAGAAUGGUAAAGAAACUCAGCAGGAGACCUUGACCCCACCGGAAGAAACACUCCCCGAAACUGAAUUCAAUGUGGAGGUGGGACGUUGCCUUUUGCGCAUCUUGCCCAUCAAGAAAUCCGAGCCCGUCGGCGACCGUAUCAUACGCUUCGUCGGUACCUUCUUGACCCAUGCAUCCGAGAAGGAUACCGAGCUUUUCUCAACGGAUGAAGAAGAAGUUAGCGCCGAAACACCCACCUCCCGUUUGGCAUCCAGCCUGGUUGCCCUCAUUAUUCCGCUGCUCGCUGCUAAAGAUAGGACCGUUCGUUUCCGUGCAACACAAAUCACUGCGCACAUUGUGAACUCACUUGAGUCUAUCGACGACGAUCUCUACCAUACUAUCCGACAGGGCCUUUUGAAGCGGAUCAGAGAUAAAGAACCAGCUGUGAGAGUGCAAGCGGUGAUGGGUCUUGGCCGCUUGGCAGGCAACGAAGACGAAGACGAUGAGGAUAGCGCAGCUCUGGUGGAGAAGCUUGUUGACAUUAUGCAGAAUGAUACAAGCGCCGAGGUGCGGAAAACUCUCCUUCUCAACCUACCACUUCUCCGCAAAACACUCCCAUACCUUCUUGAACGAGCUCGCGAUCUGGACGCUGCCACGCGACGAGCAUUGUACGCGCGUCUCCUUCCUACAUUGGGCGACUUCCGUCAUUUAUCACUAUCGAUGAGAGAAAAGUUGCUCCGAUGGGGCCUGAGAGAUCGAGAUGAGAGCGUUCGGAAGGCAACAGGAAAACUCUUUUACGAUCGGUGGGUUGAGGAUGUUGCCGGUACAAAUAAUGACUCCGAGGAAGGCCCAACUAACCAACGCUCUCCACCAAAUAUUCCGGCCGUUUUGGAACUGCUCGAGAGAAUUGAUGUACUGAAUUCCGGCAUUGAAACUGGUAUCGCUCAUGAGGCCAUGCGUAGCUUCUGGGAAGGGCGUCCGGAUUAUCGUGAAGCGGUUGUUUUCGAUGAACCGUUCUGGGAGUCUCUAACGGCCGAAUCUGCUUUCCUCGUUCGGUCCUUCAACGAUUUUUGUCGCGUGGAGAACGAAGGGAAGUACGACAACUUAGCUGAUGAAAAGAUGCCCGAAGUCACAGCCCUCGCCUACUUCUUAAAUAAAUACAUGACCGAUCUAUUGCAGCGCAGAAAGUUGGCCAGGGAAGCCGGGGCGGACAACGACGAUGACUCCGUUGAGCAUGAGUUUGUUGUUGAGCAGUUGCUGCACAUUGCCAUGACCCUUGACUACAGUGACGAAGUGGGACGACGCAAGAUGUUCUCAUUGCUCCGCGAGUCGUUGGCGGUCCCCGAGCUACCUGAAGAGUGCACUAAACUCGCGAUCGAGACAUUGAGAUUUGUUUGUGGGCCAAACGCUGCCGCCGAGAAUGAGUUCUGCAGUGUUGUUUUAGAAGCCAUUGCGGAAGUUCACGACACUAUCGCAACUGAAGAUAGCUUCGUGUCGGCGAGGUCUGAAAUCAGUGAAUCUUCCAGCCGUCAGCGGUCCGAAACACCGGAGGAAAAGCCUUUUAACAAAGAGGAAGCCAAGGCGAAGAUCCUGAAGGAGAUCGUGAUCAACAUGAAAUGUCUUCAUAUUGCUCUUUGUAUGUUGCAAAACGUGGAGGGCAAUCUACAAGAGAACAUGAACUUGGUUACAAUGUUGAAUAACCUGGUUGUACCUGCAGUUCGUAGUCAUGAAGCACCUAUCAGAGAGAGGGGCCUUGAGUGUCUCGGUCUCUGCUGCUUGCUGGACAAGACCCUAGCUGAGGAGAAUAUGACGCUAUUUAUCCACUGCUACAGCAAGGGCCACGAGGCUUUGCAGGUGACAGCCUUGCACAUCCUCUGUGACAUGCUGACGACGCAUCCCUCAUUACUGGCACCUGUUACUCAACCUGAUGGAGAGACUGUGACGCCACCGGUGUUCCAAAAGCCACUAUUGAAGGUUUUCGCGAGGUCGCUCAAGUCCAGCUCUCCAAACAGCGUUCAGGCAAAUGCUGCCACGUCUCUCGCCAAGCUGUUGCUCACAAACACGUUCACCCCGUCGGGGGCGAAUAUCCCUCCAGCUAUUCAAGAAUACAACCAAGCAUCAAUCGAAACCCUCUUACAAUCCCUUGUGGUUUCCUUCUUCCACCCCCGUACUCGUGAGAAUCCCGCACUCCGGCAGUCCAUGGCCUACUUCCUUCCUGUGUACUGCCACUCCAAGCUGUCGAAUACCCAGCAUAUGCGCAGGGUGGCCGUACCAGUUACCCGGGCAAUUCUCAACGCAGCGGAGGAAUACUUCUCGCUCGAAGCGGAAGAGGACAGCGAUGGCGAAAUCGACGAGAGCGUUGGACAGCGGGAAUUAAAGGCGCUAAUGAAUGGCGUCUUGGGUAUGCUGGCGGAGUGGACUGAUGAGCGGAGAGUUGUUGGACUGGGCGGAGAGAAAGUUCUCGCGGGUGGUACCGCCAGUUCCAACGUAUGCGGUUGGGUCCAUCUGGCUCUAGUGAAGGAUAUCCUGGAGCGCGUUUUGGGGAUUAGUGAAGGCCCUAACCGCUGUUCUAAGGAAGAGAAAAAGCUCCUUUUCUCUUUGCUAAGCAAGCUCUACAUAGCCCCUCCUGCUGCGCCAUCCAGGGCCGGUUCUCGUAAUCCGGAAGGUGAGGACCCGUUCCAGUCGAGUGUUCGCAGUAAUCAGGGUGAAAUUAGCCCGGAGAAUACCGCCCUUGCACAAGAAGUGAAAGAGCUUCUGGAUGAGACCAUUGAGGAGGGACUAGCUGCCGAAGCGGCUAGCCGGAAUGCCCUUGUCAAGGUCAAGAACUCGGUCCUCAAGCUUCUGGCCGUAGCCCAAGGCCGGCCAGGUAGCUCCAGAGCACGUGAGGGUACCGAAGAAGGAGACAGUGAUAUUCAAAGUCUUCGUUCCGGCCGGUCCGGCAGCGUCCGCCCUUCCAUUGAGCCUGGUGCUUAUCGCCAAGGGAUAUCCAUCGAGCCCAGCAUUAUGGAGGAAGAUGAGAACGACGACAGCCGGACCACGAUCAAGUCAGAAGCACGCGACUACGAGUAA